CAGGAGGUGAAAGGAGAGAGGCUUUCAGCCGCUUCCUCACCAACAAGGUCAGAAGAAAGGGUUUUGGUUGGAAAGAAUACGUUGAUUUGCUGGAUGAACGGGAAGUUGACAUGUCAGCAAACACGGAAACGCAGCUGGCAACGGAACUUCAAGCCAAGGGAGGGCCAAACGAUGCCGUGGUGAACGACACUCGUGCUGUUGCGUUUGUUGUGCUUGAUUCUGCUAAUGAAAAAAAAAAUACACUCAACCUGUUAUUUCUACGAAAAAUUCUGACAUCGCCAUGGACGUCCUUGCGCAACGCUCACGACAAGGCAAGAGACAAAUCGUUACAGGAUGAAGAUUUGAUUUUGGCUGAUGACCUGGCCAAGCACCCAACAACCACCCAUAACGCACGUGGCGAGCUCAAGUUAUUUGACGAGGGCAAAACAGAAAAAAAUCAUGUUGGCCUCAAAGCAUCGGAGUUUCAAAAGUACCGCAACUAUCUGGACGAGGAUAAAAGAAUGAACAAGCUGGCGAAGUUGAAGAAGGAAGAAAAGAAAGAGAAAAGAAAGAAAACUUGUUGCUCUAUGAACAACGUAUGA